GCGGCGGAGGAGCAACCCGACAAGACGCUGCAGCGGCCCAGGCGCUGCCCCCCGCCGGCCCUGGCUGGGAGCCUCGUGGGGUGGCGGAGGACGCCGUGCCGUGGCGGGCCUCGCCAUGUCCUGCCGCCCGAUUUUCUUGUGAAACUUUGUGAUAGAAAAUUUUCUUGGAACAAAUUUCAUUUGGUAUAAAGAAAAGGACCUGCCAGACACUGACGAAAGGACGGGGAUCUCUUCUCCAAAUCUGGGCCUCCUGUCAUGGAUGAAGAGACUCGGCACAGUCUUGAGUGCAUCCAGGCCAAUCAGAUCUUUCCCAGGAAGCAGCUGAUCCGGGAGGAUGAGAAUCUUCAGGUUCCUUUCCUUGAACUUCAUGGAGAAAGUACAGAAUUUGUAGGCCGUGCUGAGGAUGCCAUCAUUGCCCUUUCUAAUUACAGACUUCACAUCAAAUUUAAAGAGUCUCUUGUUAAUGUUCCUUUACAGCUUAUAGAAAGUGUUGAAUGCCGAGAUAUAUUUCAGCUUCAUUUAACUUGCAAAGACUGCAAAGUUAUCAGGUGUCAGUUCUCAACUUUUGAGCAGUGUCAAGAGUGGCUUAAGAGAUUGAACAAUGCAAUCAGACCACCUGCUAAAAUAGAAGAUCUGUUCUCAUUUGCAUAUCAUGCUUGGUGCAUGGAAGUCUAUGCCAGUGAAAAAGAGCAACACGGAGACCUGUGCAGACCAGGGGAGCACGUAACAUCAAGGUUUAAAAAUGAAGUGGAGCGAAUGGGUUUUGAUAUGAACAAUGCCUGGAGGAUUUCCAACAUCAAUGAGAAGUACAAGCUGUGUGGUAGUUAUCCACAGGAGCUCAUAGUACCUGCCUGGAUCACUGACAAAGAACUAGAAAGUGUAGCAAGCUUCAGGUCCUGGAAGCGCAUCCCUGCUGUCGUCUACAGGCACCAGAGCAAUGGAGCCGUCAUUGCCCGCUGUGGACAGCCAGAGGUCAGCUGGUGGGGCUGGCGAAAUGCUGAUGAUGAGCACCUGGUACAGUCAGUAGCCAAAGCUUGUGCCUCUGAUUCUCGAUCAAGUGGCAACAAACCAUCAACUAGAAAUAGUUCUCGAGGCUUUCCCAACACAGGAGACCUUUCUGAUGUGGAGUUUGAUUCUUCUCUGUCAAAUGCUUCAGGAGCAGAGAGUUUAGCCAUCCAACCACAGAAGCUUUUGAUUUUGGAUGCACGCUCCUACGCAGCAGCUGUGGCAAACCGAGCCAAAGGAGGAGGCUGUGAGUGCCCAGAGUAUUACCCAAACUGUGAAGUUGUAUUUAUGGGAAUGGCAAAUAUUCAUUCAAUUCGGAGGAGUUUUCAGUCUUUGCGAUUGCUGUGCACACAGAUGCCGGAUCCGGGAAAUUGGCUCUCAGCUCUUGAGAGCACAAAAUGGCUCCAUCACCUGUCUGUGCUUCUGAAGUCGGCACUUCUGGUCGUGCAUGCUGUGGAUCGUGAUCAGCGGCCAGUGCUAGCACACUGCUCCGAUGGCUGGGACCGCACUCCCCAGAUCGUGGCGCUGGCCAAGCUCUUACUGGACCCUUACUACCGAACCAUAGAGGGUUUCCAAGUCCUUGUGGAGAUGGAGUGGCUGGAUUUUGGCCACAAAUUUGCUGACCGGUGUGGUCAUGGGGAGAACUCUGACGAUCUCAAUGAGCGUUGCCCGGUGUUUCUGCAGUGGCUUGACUGCGUUCAUCAGCUUCAGAGGCAGUUUCCUUGCUCCUUUGAAUUCAGUGAAGCAUUCCUUGUGAAACUGGUGCAACAUACCUACUCCUGCCUCUUUGGAACAUUCCUGUGCAACAAUGCCAAGGAAAGAGGGGAAAAGCAUACUCAGGAACGGACAUGUUCUGUGUGGUCACUGCUUCGGGCAGGCAACAAGGCUUUCAAAAACCUACUGUAUUCCUCCCAGUCAGAAGCCGUACUGUAUCCUGUGUGCCACGUGCGCAACCUGAUGCUGUGGAGUGCAGUGUACUUGCCUUGCCCGUCCCCAUCCACCCCUGUGGAUGACAGCUGUGCACCAUACCCGGCCCCUGGCACCAGCCCUGAUGACCCGCCCCUGAGCCGGCUACCAAAGACUAGGUCAUUUGACAAUCUGACUACAGCCUGUGACAAUACCGUGCCUCUCGCCAGUCGGCGCAGCAGUGACCCCAGCCUGAAUGAGAAGUGGCAGGAACACCGGCGCUCACUAGAAUUGAGCACCCUGGCUUGUCCUGGCGAAGAGCCUCUUGAUCCUGACAGCCUUGGAAAGCUGGCCAAAGUCCAGGGAGGUGCAGAGCUGUCUGUUGCAGCUGGAGUAGCUGAGGGACAGAUGGAGAACAUUUUGCAAGAGGCCACCAAAGAGGAGAGUGGGGUAGAAGAGCUUGCCCAUAGGGGGAGCGUUGAAGUACAUGUGGUCAAAGAGGAGACUCUCUUUGGGAAGGAGAACAAGGGGAAGACUUCUGAGGGCUCAGGCAGUAUCCUUCAUCAAGAACCAGAACUGGUCAGUGGGGCUCUGAGGAGCUACCCAGACACCACCCUGUCUCUCUUUUCACAGGAUAUCCCUCAGCAGCAGGGUGAACAUGGUGUUCUUCCCAAUUCUUUCCAGGAGUCCCACAGAGGAGAGGAUGUCCUUGAGGAACAACCUCAAAUAGGAGCCAUCCCAGAGGACAGGGAGGAGGAAGCAGUUCUUCCAAUCCUAGUUGAUGCAAAAGUUGGCUAUGGUACCUCACAGUUAAAUUCUCUGUUGCCUUCCCAAGUCCCAUUUGAGGCCAGGGGACCCAACAUGGACAGUUCCAUAGACAUGUUAUUGGAAGAUCAGAAAAGUGGGUCCCAGGGCAUUAAUAGACCUUGCCUGGUAAACAGAGGCAGCUUAGGUGUCAAGGACUUACUUCCUCAAGCAAUGGAGACCAGGCCUUCAGAAAGAAGCCUAGUUGAGAGGCCCCAGGUAGGCUCUGUGGUGCAUAGGACUUCCCCUGGCAGCACCCAUGGCCCAAUGCUUUCUCCUUGUGCCUUGCCUUCAGCCGAAUGUAAAGAGGGUCCUGUGUGCAAUGGUGCCCCAGAGAUGGAAAAUAAGGCCUCAGAGCAGCCCCCAGGGCUUAGCACUCUGCAGAAAUACCCCACUCCCAAUGGCCACUGCACAAAUGGGGAGGCUGGUAAGAGCAAGGACUCACUGAGCCGCCAGCUGUCUGCCACGAGCUGCAGUUCUGCUCACUUAUACUCCAGGAACUUGCACCACAAGUGGCUGCACAGCCACUCUGGGAGACCCUCUGCCACAGGCAGCCCUGACCAGCCCUCCCGCAGCCACCUAGAUGAUGAUGGCAUGCCUGUGUACACGGACACUAUCCAACAGCGCCUGCGUCAGAUUGAGUCAGGCCACCAGCAGGAAGUCGAGACCUUGAAGAAACAAGUCCAGGAGCUGAGGAGCCGCCUGGAGAGCCAGUACCUGACCAGCUCCUUACACUUCAAUGGGGACUUUGGUGAUGAAGUGACUUCAAUCCCCGACUCGGAAAGCAAUCUGGAUCAGAACUGUUUGUCUCACUGCAGCACAGAGAUUUUCUCUGAAGCCAGCUGGGAGCAGGUGGAUAAACAGGACACGGAGAUGACCCGUUGGCUUCCCGACCACUUGGCUGCCCACUGCUACGCAUGUGACAGCGCCUUCUGGCUCGCCAGCAGGAAGCACCACUGCAGGGACACUGACCGUGUUGAUCAAACGUGGAAUUGUGGGAAUGUAUUUUGCUCCAGUUGUUGUAACCAGAAGGUUCCAGUUCCCAGCCAGCAGCUCUUUGAACCCAGUCGAGUCUGCAAGUCUUGCUAUAGCAGUCUACAUCCCACGAGCUCCAGCAUUGACCUUGAACUGGACAAGCCCAUUGCUGCCACUUCAAACUGAAGCUCAGUGACCUGGGGCGGGCAGAGGCAAAGCUGCUGUUCCUCUGACAGGCCCACAUAGCCUGGGCAGACCAAGAGGCCCGUGCAUUUGGAAUGGGGGCAUGGAACCACCUGUGCGGCGUGACAGAAACUUGGGAUGUACCACUGGAUUAUAGAUUGAGUUUUCUUUCCUGCCCCCCCCUCUUUUCCAUACUCCCUCUACCUCCAAAAAAGAGAAAAAUCCUCUAGUUGUGGUCCCCUCCCACCCCCCCUUCUGAUGGAACACCAGAGGUUGCCAGGGCUCCCAUAACUGUUGAGUCACUUGCUAUCAGACAAUGCUGAGGGUUGGCUUAGUUCCUCAGGAUGGUGGAGGCUGGUCAGUCAGGAGUAGAGACCUCAGAUAGUGAGCUGGGGGGUGGCAGGUGGGGGAAGCCAGUGCUAAUAUUUGUGGCCCUUUCUCAUGCCACCACCACAUGGGAGCUGGUUGGGAAACUGUUGCUGCUAGGGAGACUGGAAGUAACUUCCCUAAGAGCACUGCCUUUGGUACCUCUUCCUCUUGAGAGGGUCUGGACCAGUCCCAUUUCACAGAUAGUUAAAGGCAAAUGGCUUCUGGAGGGGUGGGCACAUUCUGAAGACCCCCGCUUUGGGAAAGGAAGGUGUAAUCUUUGAGGCAAGCAAGAAGGUCUGGGAACAGCAAGCAUACCCUCCCCCAUGAGAUGCUGGGAUUCUGAUUUUAACAUGACCCAGAUAUUCAGGGCUCCCUUCACUGUCAGAGGUCUGCUUCCCCUGGCCAGACUGUAGCACUUCCCAUCCUCAGGCAUAAGUGUUCAGAUUAGCUGGAGUGCAGUGUGUCCUGCUGUGGCUAAGGCCAAUGUCAAGACCUAUCCUGAGCCAGACAUAAUCUGGAAGGCAUUCCAGGGCUUGGUCUCCCAAACAAUCUUUCUCGGUCAGCACAGUGAAAUCCAGACUCAGGGUUCCAAAAAUUCCCCAUCCCCAACCAAACAAAUCAUGGAUUUCCCCCCUCAAGGGGCGGGGGCGGGGUAAAAUCAGCCUUUCUGAGUACAAGUCUCUGGAACAGGGAGAAUGUCCCAUACAAUCAACCUCCCUCCCUUUUUGGGGCGGCAGGAAAGGCUCACCAGUCCCACUGCCCUAUUCCUGUGUUGCCUCAGUGGGCAUGUCUGGCUGCUGGUCAGGCCACUUGGUGACACUGCAGGAUUCCUUAGAGAAGUGACAUCACUUAUAGGAGAUGCAGGGCACCUUUCCUCAGAAAGCUUUGGUGUGGUCCAGAAAGAGCCUUAAAUCAAGAAUGUUUGUGGUGGAAGUGGAGGUGGAUAUGGGGAAGAGUGGAAAGAAGUUUGGGUUUGUGCUUUGUAAUCUUGGCAUCCAUAUUUGUGCCUGCCCUUCCUCUUAGAGGGAAAGGGCCAUGCUUGGCUCUGCUAAUAGCUGCUAACUGGUAACAGGGCAGAUGGUGAUGAAAGCUGGGGUGAGGCCAGGGAUCUCUCUGACCCUUAGAAGCAACUCCCUGGCCACGGACAAGUUAUGUCUCAGGAAGGUGGCUCCUGUGUGUGCCUGGGUAUGUUUAAGACGUGGCCUAGAAGCCUUCCCUGGAGCUGUCAGUCCAGGCAAAGCCAGAGCAUCUGAGUGCGUCUUCCCAGUGGCAGCAGGUUGCUCAGAGUUUGAAUUUAAUAAAACAGGGUGUAGUUCUUCUCCACACUUCGUGUGGUCUGACCAUGCCGGUCAGAAGUCAGUCUAAUGGAAUAUUGUGCAGUUCCUAGUGACAGGUGCCAAGAGGUUAUGAUACGGGUUUCUUGGGUCUGAUGUACAGUGUGAAUAAAUGCUUGCAGCUUUUAGCCCUUUUUUGAUCAAUGAAGCACUUUUUUAUUAAUAUUUUUCUUUGUAUGUAAAGGAGGAACCAUAACUCUCCAUAGAUGUACAUAUAACCCUUUUCUCCUAAAGAGGAGUCAGUCAGUGCUCCUAUAUUUUUCAUUUUUUGUCAAAGCAAGAAGUAAAUACUUUAGAAUUGUUAAAUAUAUAAAUAAAGUGAAUAAAGUUUAGUGUUCCGCAUGGUAGCUUUUGCUAACAUGUUCUAAUUUCUUUUCCCUAUGGUUUAUCUGCUCUUCAUCCCUCUUCCCUCUUAUACAGAAGCAGUUUGAGGUGCUGCUGGGAAACUGACACCUGGCAAAGGAAGCUACGAUUUUCGACUCUGGACCUUGGCAAGGAGCUGCUCCCCAGUGCCCGAGCACGGGAACACAGUUCCGUAGGAUGGUUUUGCGUCUAACAUCUUCCAGGCUAAAAAAGGCAAAGUAGUCAGGCAUCUUAGUAAUCAGCAAUUCUUAUCUGGAGAAUUGAGCAUCGAUAGUAAUUAAAACUACCUCUGGCUUCCAGGCUCCUUUUUGCACUGCUCUGAUUAUAGGGCAGUACUCUGGCUUUUCAAUUCUACCCCACCAAGGAAUGUCAUCUGCAGUGGAGUGGAAGGAGACGCUGGGUUGGGAGGGCUGUCGUCAUUCUUGGACGAGAAAAUAUGGGUGGACAGAGACCUUGAGGGCCGAAACAUCAGAUUAAUGUCCCUAACUAGAGGUCUCUGCCCCCUGCUGCCACACACUUCUUAGAUCUGUAACCAACCAAGGCUACAUAAUACAGU